AUGAUUCAAAGAUUAAUAAUAAUCUGUGCAUCAGUACUACUACUUUUCUUUAUAAUCCAAGAUAGUCAAUUGGAUUUUAAAUCUGCAUUGUAUCUAACUAAAAAUUCUAUAAAACAAUUUAACACAUCUGAUGAAUAUCCAUUUAAUAAUGUUAUAAAUUCAUUUUUCCCAAUUGAUUCAAUAUUGGAGUUUAACACCACCGAAAGUAAUUAUACCACUAAAAUAAUUGGAAGGUAUGCUUCAUUUUCACCAGUGCUAAAUGAAAAGUUGUCAAGUCAUUAUAGUAUUUUACCAUAUACUAUGUGUGAAAAGAUCGAAGAACCAUCUGGAAAGUAUCACAACAAAAUCCUUGUGGUUUUAAGAGGUGAUUGUACAUUUGUUGAUAAAGUUUCCAAUAUCAUUGAUUCCAACUUAAAUCCCUCUGCUAUAGUUGUUGCUAAUGAUGAACCAUAUAGAAGUUUGAUAACAAUGUAUUCAAAUACAUUUAAUCAAGAUGGAACUUUGGAGAUUCCUGUAAUGUUUAUUACUUUCGAAGACUACAAAAUUUUAAAACAGUUUGAGGACUUGCAUGUUUUGGUAGAGAUAUCUACAGCGUAUAUUGGAAGUUGGUUUAGUAUUGUUUUAUCAAUGGUAUUAUCACCACCUUUACUAAUUGUUUUGUUUUAUUGUAUAAUUGUGUGUGGCCAAAAAUUUAGAAAACGACAAAUCAACAAAAGAAAUGCACAAAUGGUAAAAAGUUUACCAGUGUACAUAUAUGAUAAUAAUCAUUUAGUUUUGGAACUGGAUUUAGAGCUGUACCAGAAUUCUACUGGUAAAUCAAAUGUAUUAAAUUGUCCAAAUGAUUAUUUCAAUUCUUUUAAAUGUUCGAUUUGUUUAGAGAAAUAUCACCCAUUGAAAUCAAAAGUUUUGGUAUUACAAUGUAAACAUUUUUUCCAUCAAAAUUGUUUAUCUAACUGGUUAAUUAACUUCAAAAGGAGUUGUCCAUUAUGUAACAACACAAUUUUAAAAUCACUUGCAGGUCAAGUAAUAGAUUAUGGAAGUAUAAAUGAUGAAUUAGAACAACAGGGUGCUACAACUCCAGUGAUGAAUACACGCCCUGUAAUAUUUUCAAGACCGCUGGCGAUCUUAAAUAGGUAUAAUUCUAAUUAUGAAGGAGUUGAAUUAAGUACAAGUAUUGAUUCAGAAUAA